AUGAGCAAUCCACUUACAAGCCUCAGGUUCGGCGAACACCUCCAAUCGUCUAUGAUAAGGGAAUACCACCCAUUCUACAUUGCAUACGAUGAAUUGAAAAAGGCCCUAAAGACAGAUUUUGUCACCCAGCCCACACCCGAUGUGGCCAACCCCCCACGAAAGGAAUGGACAGAAGACGACGAGAAGACCUUUGUGUCGCUGCUGGAAAGCGAAUUAGAUAAGGUCUUCCAAUUUCAGAAGCGCAAGAGUGAGGAAAUUGUUCAGCGCAUUCUGGAGAGCGAAAUUGAUGUGAAUGAUGUGGUUGCGAGACUGGACGAGUCUGGCACUCGUCGCCCAAGCGUCUUUCGGCCCCCGCAACCGCCUCCUACAGAUGAGGACUUUUUGUUGCUAGAGCAGAUGCUCAGUGAUAUUAUUGCGGAUGUGCAUGAUUUGGCUAAGUUUACUCAGCUUAAUUAUACGGGCUUUCAGAAGAUCAUCAAGAAGCAUGACAAAGAAACUAAAUGGUACCUGAAACCCGUGUUCGCGGCGCGCCUGAAAGCCAAGCCUUUUUUCAAGGAUAACUACGAUGCCUUUGUUGUGAAACUGUCCAAGCUUUACGAUUUGGUCCGCACCAAGGGUAAUCCUGUCAAGGGUGACGCUGCAGCUGGUGGAACUCAGCAGAACUUUGUGCGACAAACAACAAAGUACUGGGUUCAUCGCGACAAUAUCACCGAAUUGAAACUUGUUAUCCUGAAGCAUCUGCCUGUUCUUGUCUUCAAUGCUAACAAGGAGUUUGAGGAGGAGGAUACCGCUAUCUCAUCUAUCUACUAUGAUAACCCCGAUACCUGGGAGCUCUACCAGGGCCGUUUGAAGAAGACUGAGGGCGCUGAGGCCAUUCGUCUGCGAUGGUACGGUGGCAUGAAGAGCGACCAGAUCUUUGUAGAGAGGAAGACUCAUCGUGAGGAUUGGACUGGAGAGAAAUCGGUCAAGGCCAGAUUUUCUCUCAAGGAGAAGAAUGUCAAUUCCUUUUUGGAUGGCCGGAUGACUGUGGAACAAGUCUUUGAUAAGAUGCGCAAGGAGGGCAAGAAGAGCCAGAAGGAAAUUGACGACCUUGAACAGUUGGCUCGGGAGAUUCAAUACCGUGUCAUUACUCGUCGUUUGGUUCCUGUAACACGAACCUUCUACCACCGCACUGCAUUCCAGCUUCCUGGUGAUGCACGUGUACGUAUUUCCUUGGAUACCGAGUUGACCAUGGUACGAGAGGAUAAUCUGGAUGGUCGGUCUCGUGCUGGUAGCAACUGGCGCCGCAUGGACAUUGGUGUUGAUUUCCCAUUCUCUCAAUUGCCUCCAGAGGAUAUCGACCGCUUCCCAUAUGCCGUGUUGGAGGUGAAGCUGCAAACCCAGGCUGGCCAAGAGCCACCACAGUGGAUCCGUGACUUGACUGCCAGUCACCUGGUGGAAGCUGUCCCCAAGUUCAGCAAGUUCAUCCAUGGCUCUGCCACCCUCUUCCCCACCCGUAUCAACCUCCUCCCUUUCUGGUACCCACAGAUGGAUGUCGACAUUCGCAAGCCAGUCAAUCGGCGCUAUGGAAUCCAGCGGCCAAUGGCUAGCACAUCUAUAUCUGCCAAUGAUGAAGAUUCGGAUGAGGAGUACUCACCGGAUACUCCCCAACCCGCCAGUAACGGGCUUUCUGGCGCGUCUCCCGAUGGAUACCCUCUGUUCACCGAGACAAACGGCAACGAGUUAGACAUCGAGGAGCGCAUUGCUGCUCAGCCACUGGCAGGAGACGAGGAUUACCCACUUUACGACUCGGAUGACGAGGAUAUGGACUCAGAGCAACUUGAGGAGGCUCGCCGGGUUGGAGGUGCUUACUAUGCGGAGCAGCUCACCAAGUAUUACAUUCGUAAGACUGGUCAUUAUGCUUUACAAGGACUGCUGGCUAUAAUUCCACGUCCUCGGGCUACCCAAAUGCCUCCACCUGAGCAGCGUGGAAUCGCUGUCUUGCAGGGUACGCGCCGUACAUUCAAGCGAUACCAAGCACCCCCUGGAAAACGUAUCUUCGUCCCCGUUCGUGUUGAACCCAAGGUAUACUUCGCCGCUGAACGUACCUUUUUAUCCUGGUUAGAAUUCGCCAUUCUCCUCGGUGGUAUUGCUGCCGCACUCCUCAAUUUCGGAAUCGACACCAUCUCCCUCGCAUCGGCCUGGGCAUUCACUGUUCUGGCAGCAGCAGCCCUGAUAUACAGUCUCGUACUUUACCUUUGGCGCGUGGAAAAAAUCCGCAAGCGUCGCGAUGUUAAACGCGUGUACUAUGAGCGAUGGGGACCAACUCUUCUUGCCUUUAGUCUCGUUGGUAUUGUUAUGGUUAACUUCGGACUUCGCAUUCAUGCUGGUGGCUUUAUGGCCGGAGAAGGCAAGCACAAGCAGCCUGAUACUCGUCACGGCGAGCUCUGA